GUUUUGUGGUUGAGUAGGUGAUGAGAUUGAUUCAUUUCUAGGGUUUUUGUUAUUUUCGUAGGAAAAUUGUUUUAUGAAUCGAUUGAUUUGUUUGAAGUGGCUGUUUGUUAGGAUUGGAAGGGAAGCUUAUAUCUCUGGUUUCUGGGGCUUCUUUCAUUUCUCAUUCGUUGCUGUUGGAGUUUUUCAACGAUUUGAAGUUUUAGGUUGCGAAUUUAGAACUUCUGCAUUGCUUAUUUGACGAAGCUUUCAAUUCUUAUUUGCAUGGGUUUUGAGGAAACUCGGUGUUUCUGUUAAGUUUUUUUGUAUUAUAAUUCAUGGAGAAGGAUAAAUCCCCGAGCCAUGGAGGAGCUUUCCCGCCUCCUUCAGCUCGUUACUCUUCUUUUCCUUCAUCUGGAAAUGUAUUCAAUAGCAAGUCUGAUGCCUCGUCGUCUUCUUCGACUAUCCUGCCACCAUCAGCCCCAGCGACGGAUUCCAGCCAUUUCAGCCAUGAUAUCAGCCGAAUGCCUGAUUUCCCGCCAAGGAAUGUUGGACACAGGAGAGCCCAAUCCGAAACACUCAGUCUACCUGAUGAUAUUAGUUUCGAUAGCGACCUUGGUGUUGUGGGUUCGGGAGAAGGUGGUCCUUCGUUAUCAGAUGAUACUGAGGAAGACUUCUUCUCUAUGUACAUUGAUAUGGAGAAAUUAAGUUCGUCUUCUGCAACAUCUGGAUUGCAAUUAGGUGAGUCAUCUUCGGGGGCAGCCUCCACUCGAGCGGUGGGGGCUGGAGUUGCUUUAUCUGAGAACUUGGCUAAUGAGAGACCAAGGAUUAGGCACCAGCACAGCCAGUCCAUGGAUGGGUCAACUUCUAUUAAGCCAGAGUUGCUUGUUCCAGAUUGUGCUUCUCCAGCAGAAACCAAGAAAGCUAUGUCAGCUGCUAAGCUUGCUGACCUUGCUCUCAUCGACCCUAAGCGCGCAAAGAGGAUCUGGGCUAAUAGGCAGUCAGCUGCAAGGUCAAAGGAGAGGAAGAUGCGCUACAUAUCUGAGCUAGAACGCAAAGUGCAGAUGCUGCAAACAGAAGCAACUACCCUGUCUGCUCAAUUGACAUUGUUGCAGAGAGAUACAACAGGUUUGACUGCUGAAAACACUGAAUUGAAACUGCGUUUGCAGACAAUGGAGCAACAGGUUCAUUUGCAAGAUGACCUAAAUGAAGCACUGAGAGAUGAAGUACAAAUGUUAAAACUGAUGACUGGAGCCAUUUCAAAUGGUGGUCCCGUGAUGAAUUAUGUAUCCCCCUUCGGAGCUAACCAGCAGUUCUAUCCGAACAGCCAUGCAAUGCAAUCUCUCUUAGCUACCCAACAGUUUCAGCACCUUCAGAUUCGCUCUCAACAACAGCAGCAGCAGCCGCCGCCACAGCAACAACCACAGCACAACCUUUGGCAUCUGCAGCAGCAACAACAGCAGCAGGUCCAGCAGCAGCAGAUCCAGCAGCAAGACCUGAAAAUGAAAGGUGUUAUGACUUCUCCAAGCAACAGAGAGAGCACAAUGGAUGUCAGUUCAUCAUCCGAGGAUUAAAGGGAGAAAUUGCCUGAUACUGAGGGAUUGACAUAUGUUCAAAAUCUUCAUUUGGUUUGUUACUAGAUUUUUGAGUAGCUAUUAUUUGAUAGAUAGAAAUAACUUACUUUUUAGAGAACGGUCAAAACU